GCGCGGCGCCGCGGCAGCGUCGGUCCCCGCCGGCUGGCCGCGCAGCUGGAACGCGAUGGGGACCGAGGCGUCGGGGAGCGGGCCGGCGCUGCAGGAGCUCGUGCGCGAGGCCGAGAUCAGCCUGCUCGAGUGCAAGGUGUGCUUUGAGAGGUUCGGCCACCGCCAGCAGCGGCGCCCGCGCAACCUGCCCUGCGGCCACGUGGUGUGCCUGGCCUGCGUGGCUGCGCUGGCGCACCCGCGGACGCUGGCCCUCGAGUGCCCCUUCUGCCGCCGAGCCUGCCGGGGCUGCGACACCAGCGACUGCCUGCCGGUGCUUCACCUCCUGGAGCUCCUGGGCUCGGCGCUCCGCCCAGCCCCCGCCGCCCACCGCGCCGCCCCCAGCGCCCCCGGGGCCUUCACCUGCCAUCACGUUUUCGGAGGUUGGGGGACCCUGGUCAACCCCACGGGGCUGGCGCUGUGUCCCAAGACCGGGCGGGUCGUGGUGGCGCACGACGGCAGGAGACGGGUCAAGAUCUUUGAUUCCGGGGGAGGAUGUGCUCAUCAGUUUGGAGAGAAGGGGGAGGGCGCUCAGGACAUUAGGUACCCACUUGAUGUCACCGUCACCAACGACUGUCAUGUGGUUGUCACCGACGCCGGCGACCGCUCCAUCAAAGUGUUUGAUUUUUUUGGCCAGGUCAAGCUUGUCAUUAGAGGCCAGUUCUCCUUACCUUGGGGUGUGGAGACGACCCCUCAGAAUGGGGUCGUGGUAACUGAUGCGGAGGCAGGGUCCCUGCACCUGCUGGAAGUCGACUUUCCAGAAGGGGUCCUCAGGAGGACCGAGAAGUUGCAAGUUCAUCUGAGCAAUCCCAGAGGGGUGGCCGUGUCGUGGCUCACCGGGGCCAUUGCAGUCCUAGAGCACCCUCCCGGCCUGGGGACCGGAGCCUGCGGCACCACGGUGAAGGUGUUCAGCCCCAGCAUGCAGCUCGUGGGCCAGGUGGAUACCUUUGGGCUGAGCCUCUUUUUCCCCUCGAGAAUAACUGCCUCCGCGGUGACCUUUGAUCACCAGGGGAAUGUGAUUGUUGCAGAUACUUCUAGUCAGGCUGUCCUAUGCUUAGGAAAACCUGAGGAGUUUCCAGUCCUGAAGCCCAUGAUCACCCAUGGUCUUUCCCAUCCUGUGGCACUGACCUUCACCAAGGAGAACUCUCUUCUUGUGCUGGACAGUGCAGCCCAUUCUAUAAAAGUCUACAAGGCUGACUGGGGGUAAUAGGGUAUGGGGGGGAGGGGGCGCUCUGGGACCUGGAAUCUGAAGGCCUGGAACUUCCGCUAAUGAAUUGCUGAACCCUGGAUAAGUUAAUCUCAUCUAUCCAGCAGGGAUAAUUAUAACUGCCUGGCAAACUUAUAAAGGUUGAGGUAAUUAUUAAAGAAUAAAAGUUAAAUCUACCAUUUAUCGAGUUUGUACUCCCUGUGCUAAGAAAUUUGCAAAUAUUAGCUCAUUUUAUCCUUACAGCUCUACCCGGGGAGGUAAUGUCUAUUAUUAAUCCCAUUUUAGAGAUGAGAAAACUGAGACCCAGAGAGUUUAAAGACUUUAC